GCGUUUGGACAAGAAGGGAUAGGUUCUGUGAAAAUGAAGUUGAGUAAUCAUAAUCAGCAGAUGAUCUAGGGCAGGAAAUCUCGAGAAGUAAAGGUUUCGUCUUGGGCCCGCGUUAAUCUGGCCCAGCAGUUAAUCUCUACAGCUCGCACAUCUGGAAACUGCCAACGUCUAUAGCAAGAGGACCCUUUUCCCCCUUGGAAUUGCUCAAUGCUGAAACCUUUCAAAGGGAUAUUAAAGUCAUUGGAAGCACAAUGGAUGGUUUUUAUGACCAACAAGUCCCUUUUAUGGUCCCAGGGAAAUCUCGUUCAGAGGAAUGUCGAGGGCGGCCCGUGAUUGACAGGAAGAGGAAGUUCUUGGACAGUGAUCUGGCUCAUGAUUCAGAAGAGUUGUUCCAGGAUCUCAGCCAGCUCCAGGAGGCUUGGUUAGCUGAAGCACAAGUUCCUGAUGAUGAACAGUUUGUUCCAGAUUUUCAGUCUGAUAACCUAGUGCUUCACGCUCCACCUCCAACCAAGAUCAAGCGAGAACUGCAUAGCCCAUCUUCGGAGUUGUCAUCCUGCAGUCACGAGCAGACCCUUGGUGCUAACUAUGGAGAAAAGUGCCUCUACAACUAUUGUGCCUAUGAUAGGAAGCCCCCCUCUGGGUUCAAGCCAUUAACACCUCCCACCACCCCCGUGUCACCACCGGCUCAUCAGAAUUCCCUGAUUUCCCCACCGGUCACAUCUUUGCCGACUUCGGCCCAUGUCCCCACACCAGGGCCAGUGUCAGGGGUACCCCAGGCCCCUGCCCCUCACCCCCUUCAUGAACCUCGACAGCAGCAGCAGGCGUUCGCUGUACCCAGGCCUCCUCAUCAACCCAUGCAGAUGCCAAAGAUGGUGCCCGAAAACCAGUACCCAUCCGAACACAGGUUUCAGAGACAGAUGUCCGAACCCUGCCACCCCUUCCCUCCGCAGUCAGGGAUUCCCGGAGACGGACGUCCAGGGUACCACCGGCAGAUGUCAGAGCCUGGAGUCCCUGCGGCUCCCCCUCCACCUCAGGGAUUCAAACAGGAAUAUCACGAUCCUCUCUACGAGCAUGGCGUUCCGGGCAUUUCAGGGCCUCCCAGGCAUGGUUACCAAUCUCCAAUGGGAAUUAAGCAAGAGCCCAGGGAUUACUGCAUCGAUUCAGAAGUGCCUAACUGUCGGUCAACCUUCAUGAGAGGAGGGGGCUAUUUCUCAAGCAACCACGAUGGCUUUUCAUAUGAAAAAGAUCCCCGACUGUACUUCGAUGACACUUGCGUCGUGCCCGAAAGGCUGGAGGGCAAAGUGAAACAGGAAGCGACCAUGUACCGGGAAGGGCCCCCUUACCAGAGAAGAGGCUCUCUGCAGCUGUGGCAGUUCCUGGUCACCCUUCUCGACGACCCGGCCAACGCGCACUUCAUCGCCUGGACGGGCAGAGGCAUGGAGUUCAAGCUGAUAGAGCCGGAGGAGGUAGCUCGCCGCUGGGGCAUCCAGAAGAACCGGCCAGCCAUGAACUAUGACAAGCUCAGUCGUUCUCUGCGCUACUAUUACGAAAAGGGCAUCAUGCAGAAGGUGGCCGGCGAGCGGUACGUCUACAAGUUCGUCUGCGACCCAGAUGCCCUCUUCUCCAUGGCCUUCCCCGACCAUCAGCGCCCGUUCCUGAAAGCGGAGUCGGACUGCCACCUGACCGAAGACGACACCUUACCGCUGACCCACUUUGAAGACAGCCCGGCUUACCUCCUGGACGUGGAUCGUUGCGGCAGCCUCCCUUACGCAGAGAGCUUUGCGUACUGACGGGGCCCAACGGCCGGACCCUAGAGCUGGCCGUUCCCGUGCGGGCAGACGAGGGCGGGCCCUUUUGUUUGGGUCUCUGACCGCUCCUAAAGCUUGCCCUCUGAGCGUUCUCCGGAGAGGCCCAGCGUACUCUGGAUCGUCACCCCGGAGACGGGACCCCCCCCCCCCCGCCUGGGGUGUGGGGAUGGGGGGAAAGGCCAUCCAAGGACUGGUCGCCUUCUCCAGACCCACGGAGGCGUCUGGGAGGGGAUUCAAAAUGGAGCCGCGGCCCAUCCGACCACGGGCGGACGCCAUCGACCAAGCCAGGGCCCUCCUGUCCGGGGUGGGUCGUGCGAGGGGCGAGUCUCCGCGACCAUCCGCUCUGCGGGGAUCACGGACUCGCGGCCGUCUUGACGCCCAAAGGGCUUUGAAUCGCACAGACGGUGGUUGGAGAGACAUCCUACACCCCCAGGAAACGAGUUGGGCCCAACUGGGGAGAGCCCAAUCUGGUUGUGGGCCCGGGUGGGGGGUUGAGAUGGUACCCCGAAUCCAGAGGAAGACCCUGCCUGUGUCUCAAGAAGAAAUUAAAAUCAGGUCAACAGUCGUACCCCACUUCCCGCUUCCCAGGUGACAAACUGUCCUGACUCCCAGCGCCCUUCAGCUAUCCUGUCGCCUACGGGCACCUCUUUCUCUUCCCAGUCCCCAGGGUGUGUGGAAAAUGGUUUGAUUUUACAAGGGUGAUUGCAUUAGACGGUAUUUUUUUUUUUUUUGGUGGGUGGGAGGGGUCGGAGAGGAGUCCGGUUUGGAUUUGGGGGGUUUUGGUUGUUGUUUUGGGAAAAAAAAAAAGAGUUUAUAAACUAAUUUUUGUAGUUUUGGUAUUUAAAGCAAAAAAAAAAAAACCCCAAAAAAACAAAAAACAACAACAACAAAAAGACUCCUAUCUUUUGGGAGCCGCAGGCCGGGGCUCGUGCCGACCCAGCGGAGAGCCUGCAGCUGCAAAGGGGGUUUUACUGGGGACCGCCCUCUCCUUUUUGCCAUGUUCAAAGCCCGCUUUACGCUUUCUUUACCCGAUUAACCUGACUGAACAUUGGCACCUGGGUUGGACAUUUUAGAGCGCGCAGGGCAGCUCCGAGACACUGCCUAGAUUUUUACAUGUAUAGUCCCGCGUGUUCACCGACGUGCUGUCUCUGGGAAGUGUAUGUACAUAACACAGCGCAUCUAUUUCCCGCCGGUCACAAGAGGAACCUCAGGGGCGUCUUUCCCCAACUUUGCUGGUGACUCCCGUUCAUUACAAUGGUUCCUUUCUGUUCUUCCUCUGCCUCGGUCAACCCUGCGUAUCUCAGAGGGUUCGAGGCUUGCGUGUAAAGCCUGCAGGUUAAAAAACAAAAACAAACAAAAAAAAAAACAUUGCUAGCUUUUUAGUUUCCUGCCAUAUUUCUCUUUUAAAUCGUCGACGCCGGUCCACGUAUAUGGUCAACGGUUUAAAAGUAACCAAGCCAGGCUAUAAAAAGGUGGCUGGGGCGAUGGAGAUAGAGGACGGUGACUAGAACGUGUCUCCCUCUGCGCUGGUAGUUGAAAACUGGGGUUUCCCAAGCUCCUUGGUGUAAUUAUAGCUUUCUAACUUACACUUUAUUACAUAUUCUAUACAUAUAUUGCCUAUUUUACCCUCAGCUGGCUCAAGGUUUGUUUGUUGUAAAUGCUGUAUAGGAAUUUCUGCCCUUCCCUCAUUCCAUUGCCCUUCCCCCCUGGUUUUUUUGGGUUGUUUUUUUUCCCCUAUUCUGGUGUGGGCCUUUUCUGGAUGGAUCGGUUCUGUUUUAGCAAGGUGAGAGAAAGCUCUCUGUAGACUUGAACCACCUUCCCCGCGAAGUGUAAAACCUGGCCUACGUAGUCCCGAGGCCAAGGAGGGCAACAGGACCAGUUGCAUCCCCCCCAGAUCCAUGCACCCCCCAAGUGGUUUGAACCCUCCCUUCCAGAUCACGGGGGGAGUCUACAGUGCAGAAGGGGUUCAUCUGUAAAUUGAUUUUCUUUUUCCUCCCCCCGAGCAGGGCUCUGCAUCACCUGCCAAGCUGCGUUACAUUCUGUACUGUGUACAAUAAAGAAGUUUGCUUUCAGUUCACCCA